AUGACAACCGAAAUCAAGCGCUCAAUCUGGAUCGGCGAGGAUGGUACCCGCCGUCCCCCGCCACCUUUGAAGAUCUCGUUGAAGAACCCAGGUUUGUUCAACUGGGACCCCGAAAGGGGGAAGAAAGUACGACCCCGUGUCUUCGCCAUACCUCUCAUGGAGGAAGUCAUCGACAAAUUCAUGGAAAAGUACUGCCCCGACAUCGAGCCUGGCCUUCAACGCUCCCUUGACUUUGUGAAGGAGUUCAGGCCGUUUUUCCCGCCUGAAAUAUACCGGUUGGCGUGCAUCAUCGUUCCUCUACCGGGAAGGGCUCUUUGGGAGCCCCUGGGUCUCGUCAUUGCGAGUAACUUGGAUGCAGAGGAUAUGGCGCGCGCAGAGGACGAGGAACUGAUCAAGAAAUGUCAAGAAAUUCUUGGAGUAACGACACCGCCAGCGUGGUACCAUUACCAAAACCCCUAG